AAAUAGGUGUAGCAGGUUAUGGGAAAGGUAGGUUAUUACGUGGGAAAUCGCCAUUGAAGGUUGUACUGUAGAUUGUAGAUGUACUGUAAGCACUGUUUAUUGCUGAAGAUAGCUAUAAGCCAAAGGUUGCUUUAGCAGUUGCAGCAUGUGAGGUCUAGCGAUGAAGCUGAUUACUUUAACAGCAAAGACAUCCCCUUUUGUUUUCCGAACUAUAUCAGUGGUUAAUGUGAAACUGUAAUGUCAUCUGUACUCGUCUUAUAUUUACCAUAACUGCAAGAACAUAGCAAUGCCAUUAUUCUAUGUGACACGGAACUUCGAAGCACCGAGACGGUGAUUCAACCGAGCGUUAGAGAUGCCUCUAUUCCGGGCCGUAAUCGAGCCUAGCGCUGGCAAACGGGGAGUCAGGAAGAUUAAAGGACGAGAAAGGAAGGAAGAUGGUCACCCUGCCUCACUGACCCGUCUGUGUCUGUGGAACCUGGUGGAGAACAUGAAGGAAGUGUGGGUCAAAGACUAUGCUGACAACUACAUGGACCAGUACGUCUUCAGAUACAUCAUGGGUCCAUUCAACCUGCUACCGGGUGAGCUGGUAGAGGAACUCCUGUCCGUCCUGUCCUUCAGGAGAGAGUUGUCCCGUGCGGCGCUGCACCUCCUGCUGGUCCCCCAGCUCAGGGCCCUGUCUCUAGGGGGCUACCCGGCCCUGGUCACCCCCAGCCUCUGCACCCUCAUUGGGACUCGAUGCCAGGGCUUGCAAUCCAUGGACCUCUCCGGGGCCCAGCAGGCGUCUGCCCGGGUCCUGUGUGACCUGUUGGGUUGUCUGCCCUCCCUGGGCUCCCUUUCUCUGGCUGGAACCCCCUGUGACCGAAGCGUUUUGGCAACGGUUGCCCGCCUCUGCCCCACUGUACGCCACCUUGACGUGUCCCGCUGCCACCUCUUGCCCCCUGCCGGCCUGCUCUGCCUAGGGGGUUUCUCCAGCCGUCCCCUGCCCCGCCUCUGCAGCUUGUUGGCUCUGGAUGUGGGCUUUGGGGAGGGGGAUGGGGAAGGAGCAGCCACUGCAGCCUUCCUCCUGCUCACCCUGCCCCGGCUGGAGAGACUGGCCAUGGAGGGCCUGGGGGAGGCAUGUGGCCUCAUACGCAGCAGGGACUUUGUGGGGACUGAGGAGCUCACAACCAGAGAGGGUCUGCCCAGUCUCUGGAAGGUGUGGAUGGAGAGGGGACUGGAUGAGAGGGCUGCAGACACAGGCAGGAGAUCAGGAGCGGAGGAGGAGGAGGAGGAGGAGGAGGAGGAGGAGGAGAAUGUUAGUUUCUCCUGUGACAGGGUUUGGCGUGGGAAUGAAGCUGAGGGUCCAUCAGAGACUGGGAGACAUGAUGAUGGUGGUGUGGGUGGGGGUGGAAUGAAAGGGAGGGAAAAAGAAGGGUCUCUGGGCAAGGGCCUUACCCUCCAUCUGAGGGAGGUGCAGGGCGUGGCUGCUAGGACUCUGGCGUCUGUGAGUCAGCUCUGCCCCAAGCUGCACUCCAUAUCACUGGACUGUGAGGAGGAGGAGCCCAACCAGGGGUCUCGUCUGGCUGCAGGCCUCUCCAGGUGGGCGGGCCAGCUGAGGAAACUUGCUGUGCACUUCCCACUGCCCCUAGAUGAGGUGCUGCCUGCCCUGCAUGCUACAGGAGGCUACCUGGUUUCACUCACCCUGGAGGGGGUUAAGACCAGCCCACACACACCCAUGAUGGAGCUACUCCACGCCUGUCCCAGGCUGAGGAGCUUCAUUGUCCAUGCUGAGCCUCCUUUUAGCCACCAGGAGCAUGAAGACGAGGAGGUGGAAGAAGACAACCCCAGGAAUAUUCCCUGUCUGCCUCAACUGGCCUCUCUCUCCCUAAACUUCUCCUUUGACCAGCCCCAGAUAAAGACGGCCAUGUCCUGGAGGUCUCUUAGGGGAGCAGUGUGGUGCCUGAUGUCUGGCUCUCCCCUCCUGGAGACAGUAUCCCUAGUGGCAGUGCCAUGUCCUCUGGAGCCUGUGUUCCAAAGGCUUUUGAGUCACUGCACUUCCGCAUCACCGGGGGUGCCUUGCCCGACACCUCCACUACAAAAACUAGUCCACCUUAACCUGGGCCGCAGUGACGUUUCCAUGGAGACGGCUUCAGGCCUGAUGACUGCCUGCAGGCACCUGAGCAGCAUGGACCUGAGCGGCUGCUGGGCAGUGAGCCUGGACAACUGGAGGCAGUUGCAGAGGACAGCCACAAGGAGGCGACAAUGUAUCACUAUUACUUGGACAUGAUGCAUUUCAUAAGAUUGCCAGCAGGGGACACUCAUUCACAUGUACUAUGUUAAACCCAAUCACUAUACAUUGGCUCUCGAAAGUAUAAAUCCCCUUGGAGUUUUCCACAUUUUAUUGGUAAACAUGAAAUCAGAAUGGAUUGAAGUGAAAAAUGAAAACAACAAAUGGUUUUGAAUAAUUUGAAAUACAAAACAUGAAAUCAUUGGUUGCUUAAGUAUACAUUUUGUAAUAAGAACAAUUUGGAGAUGUUGUUUUUUCACUUUGACAUUACUUGGUCAUAGUAAACCAAAUUACAUAAGUGUGACAAGAAUACCAUUGUUAUAGCCAUUUAUUCAAUAGUUUUAAGAUGUAAUGAAAAAUGUGCUGUACAUACAAUAUUUGAAUAUGUUGGUGAUUUUGUGGUUAAUUAUCUGACUGAACUUUCCCCAGGCAGGCCAUUUGCAAUAAUAUUCUCCACUGUCAAGGUAGUCGUGUUGUUACAACACAUUUCACAAUAGUAGUUUUCCCUUCCCUGCUCAGCCAUUCUCAUGCCUGUCAGUCUUCCUGUUUGCAUCCCAGUCCCUUUCCUUUCUUUUUUCUUAGUCUCCCUCUGGCUCUUACACUGAUAACCAGCCUGCAACCCAAAAGAGCCAGCACCAACAAGAAAUUGACACACAAGAGACUCAAAAGAAACUUCCCACAUGGCUACAGAUGCUUUAAACUGAGGGAAAUGGCAUGACUGCAAACCUUGCACACGUGUUCUGAAGAGGGUGAAACAAGAAGUGAAUGGGUAGAUGUCGGAAAGCGUUUUUCUAGCGACUCCUUGGGGAUGGUUCGGACACGUACAAGCUCAAUCAUGGUUGUUGGCUGGCAGAAGGCAUUCACCUCCAUGUGUCAAAAUGGGGGAUAUCCUCCUUUAAGUGGUGGGAUUUCUCUUUGCGGAACUGCUUGAAAUUUUGGCUUAAUGUUGGUUGUGUAUAACAAAAGGUCUAUAUAUUUUCCUCAUAAAUACAUAAUCUUACCAGCACAGCACACCCAAGGAGAAUACAUUACUUUCAGCAUAGUAAAAAAAACUAGAUUACAUUUCUCAUUAUUUAAAUGGACCUACAAAUGACUUUGUAAUUACGUUAAUGAGAGGCCUUUAGCUCAAUCUGCGAAUAAUAGUACACAGUUAAUAUGAUUCAGCAAGAAAUCACAAUGUUGCUAAAGGUCGUUCAUGUAUCUUUAUGUGAAUAAUGUAAUCGAAGCUCUUAUGCUUUUCCCAA